AACAAACAGAAAAAAACGAAUGCUGGAAACUUAACCUUCCUUUUGUUAAUCAGUUUACUAUAUAUAGGCUACCUGCAAGGGAUCCAGAUGUUAGUUCAGAAUGGCCGCGCUAGAAGCUUGGGCUUCGUGGGGCUUCCUAACAGUAGCCGCUGCUGCCGUCGUCAUCGCCGUGACAUGGUACCUCAAGAUAAGCCACUGCUGUCGGCUGGUCGCCAGGAUACCAGGACCGCCUGGGCUACCUCUGCUCGGAAACACGCUUCAACUGAUCGCUCGCAGGGAAGAUAUUUUAAACUACUUCAAGGAACUACGCGACCGCUACGUUACCGUGUGUAAACUGUGGGUUGGACCAAUACUAUGUGUUGGAAUGUUCGACCCUCAAGACAUAACAGUGAUUUUAAGUAACAGCAAAACAUUAAGUAAGCCAAUGAUAUACAAUCCAGUUACCACAGUAUUCGGUAAUUCUUUGCUUACUGCCAAAUUUAAAGAGUGGAAGAAAUUCCGUAAAAUUAUGGAACCCACCUUCAGUAAUCAUAUCAUCGACUCAUACGUCAGCACUUUCCACGAGAAGAGCCAGCGCAUGGCUGACCUGCUGGAGGAACGCUGCCACGGAGAGCCAUUCAACAUGGCGGACUACUCGAUGCCCUGCGCUCUGGAGAUGCUCUCCGAGACGAGUCUGGGCGUGCCGAUGAACAUCCAAGGUAAAAGUCAUCAGCACAGUGUUGUAGAAAACUUCCCAAAAAUAGCUGAAGUGGGAACCUUUACUUUAUUAACACCGUGGCUGUGGUUUCAUUUGACUCAUAAGUUUUUUCCUUUUUAUUACAAAGUAAUUGCGUUAGUUAAACCUAUUCGAAAUUACGUAACUUGUUUGAUCAAAGAUAAAACCGAAUCAUAUAUAAGUUCGAGAAAACAUUAUGUUGCACCUGAAGCGAGUGACAUAGAUAUUAAUGUUGUAAUACUACGGUAUCUACCCAUCAAGUACCAAGUACAUUUGACAGGGCGCAGCUUCCACAAUAUCACAGAGUUCCGCGAACAGGUCCUCGCGUUCGACCGGCUGGAGCGGCUGUCCAGGAACAACAAUAGUGAGGUGGAGAAAGACCUCAAGCCUACACAUCAGAAGGAAAAUCUUAGUUUCAUCACGUACACGUUUGUGUACAAUGUUAGCGACAUACCGAAGAAACGUUUGGGGUUCCUAGAGCACAUGGUAUCAAUUAAGGUGGAAAAUCCAGGACUAUUAAGCAUAGAGGAACUCCAGGAUCAGGUCAUGAUUAUUAUCGCAGGCGGCACAGACACAACAGCCUACGCCGUAGCGACCACACUGAUGCUGCUGGGAUUACAUCAAGAUGUGCAGAGGAAAGUCCUACAAGAGCAGGCAAGCAUCUUCGGCGAAGACACAAGCAGACCUGCCACGACAAGAGAUCUGCAACAAAUGGUGUAUUUGGAACAAGUUAUAAAUGAGACAAUGCGACUUUAUCCAGUUGUUCCAUUUGUGGCAAGACGGGUUGACGAAGAUGUCAGUGUUAACAGCUACACUUUGCCAGCAGGCACAAUCGUCUUAAUCCCAAUUUAUCUAGUGCAUAGGAAUCCAGAAUAUUUUCCAAACCCGGGCACAUUCGAUCCUGACAGGUUCAGCAGAGAGAAUAGUGCCUGUCACCCUGCUUGUUCGUUUAUCCCGUUUUCUUACGGGCGUAAGAUGUGCCUUGGCAAGAGCUAUGCUUAUAUGGCAAUGAAGACUAUGCUGUCUGUGCUACUGCGAAGGUACGAGGUUCUAGAAUAUGGAUCCAGGGAUGACAUGGAGAGUUUUAAAUUUGAAAUGUUUUUGAAGUUUAAACAUGGGCAUAGUAUUAGACUGAGGCAGAGAAAUUGUGUUUUUAAGAAAAUGUAAUAGUUUAACAUACUCAAAAUAUUCUAAAAGUGAACCUGAGGCCACCAAUAGAUGGUACUAUUAUUUCUAGUUUGUAAUAGUAUUGUAGUUUAUAUUGUUUACUUUAAAAGUUUAAUUUGUUUCUUAUUAUAAAUAUUAUAAUUAUAACUAUAAAAUAGGCUAUUUGUUUAUUAAACUGUGCGGUUUUUUGAGCUAUAAUAUAUAUUAUAAUAUGUCCUUAAUAAACAUUUUAAUAUAAGUGAUUUCUGAUUUACAUUGUUUAAUGGUUUAAAUUUUACCUAUUAGCAGCUUUGGAAUUCAUGCGUGAUGUAUAUAAUUGUUAGUAAUAUAUCAGAUCAACUGAGAACAAAUAUCAGAAAAGAAAACUUAAAGAUAAUAAAUAUUUUUUUAUAGUAAAUGUUUGGCUUUUGAUAUUAAUUUUAUGUAUGUUUAUUUUCUUUUACGUAAUUUCGUGAAUAAGAAUAUGUAGGUGUGUUUGUGUGUGUGUGUGUGUGUGUGUGUGUGUGUGUGUGUGUGUGUGUGUGUGUGUGCUUUACAUAUACAUUUUUCAAUAAUAACCAAAUUUGGUCAUUUUUGACUAAAUUUUUUGUUGUUAAUUUCUGAUCUAUAAAUAAACACAGUCGACUAAUAUAAACAUAUUUUUUGGAACCAAUUGCCUGAGUAGGAUUAUUUCUAAAAACUUUUUUUCUCAGGAAAUAAAUAUUUUUUAUUGUUAUAAAUAUUAAAUUGGAAUACAUUUUGUUUAAACAAUUUGUACUUAAUUUUCUAUUUGUUUUUUAGUAACGCU